GGCGCUGCAUUCUCCGAGUCUCCACCAGAGGCUGCGGGAGGAAGGAAGGGAUCCGUCCCUUGCACACUUCCCCCCUAGUCAGACACGCACACUCCCUCGCUCCCGCUCGCUCACUCCCUCGCUCUCUCGCUCUCUCGCUCACACACACACACACACGCGCGCACACGCCGCCGCGGCUCCCCCUCUCGUGCCCGCUCUCCCUCCGGCUCCUCCGGGCGGCCUCCGGGCUCCGGACUCGCUCGCCGCACGCAGCGUCCCGAGGCGGCAGGACUGGGGGCAGCCCCGGGCCGCUCCCCGAGGCUCCGGGCCGGGUCGGGACCGCCCCUAGCCCUCCAGGGAUCUGCCGGGCCCCUACCAGCACCCCUCUGCGCGGGGACCAUGGCGCACACCGGCCUCGGGAGCCGCGGAGGCGCCGCCUGGUGAUCCGACCAAGGCGGCAGCGAGGGGGGCGCGGGCGGGGACCCCGGGGGCGGUCCAUGCCCCGGGUGCGGCCGCGCCCCCUCCCCCUGCAGCCGGGCGCCCCAACCGCUGGGCGGCGCGCAGGGCGGCGGGCCUGUCCGGGUGCCCCGUCGGGGGCGGCGCCCAGGCGGCCGCGCUGAAGCCACCAUGUGACGUGGUGCCGCUCCGUCGUGCCACCGAGCGGCGACGCCCCGGUGCCUCCCGUCCAGGCUCCUGGGCCCCGGCCCGGUGCAGGCCAAGCAUGAGGCCGCGGCCCGACGGUCGGGGGCUCCGGGCGGGAGCCGCGCUGUCACCCGCGCUGCUGCUGCUGCUGCUGCUGCCGCCGCCGCCACCGCUGCCGGGACGCCUGUGGGCGGCGGGCACACCCGCGCCGGCGGCACCCGGGGCUCGGCAGGACGGCGCGCCGAGCGCCGGGCGCGUGAAGCGCGGCUGGGUGUGGAACCAGUUCUUCGUGGUGGAGGAGUACACGGGCACCGAGCCCCUGUACGUGGGCAAGAUCCACUCGGACUCCGACGAGGGUGACGGGGCCAUCAAGUACACCAUCUCAGGUGAGGGAGCUGGGACCAUCUUCCUGAUCGAUGAGCUGACGGGAGACAUCCACGCCAUGGAGCGCCUGGACCGUGAGCAGAAAACUUUCUACACGCUGCGGGCUCAGGCCCGGGAUCGUGCCACCAACCGCCUGCUGGAACCGGAGUCGGAGUUCAUCAUCAAGGUGCAGGACAUCAACGACAGUGAGCCCCGCUUCCUGCAUGGCCCCUACAUUGGAAGUGUGGCUGAGCUCUCACCUACAGGCACGUCGGUGAUGCAGGUGAUGGCCUCGGAUGCGGAUGACCCCACGUACGGCAGCAGCGCUCGGCUGGUGUACAGCGUGCUGGAUGGCGAGCACCACUUCACCGUGGACCCCAAGACCGGUGUGAUCCGGACGGCUGUGCCCGACCUUGACCGCGAGAGCCAGGAGCGCUACGAAGUGGUCAUCCAGGCCACAGACAUGGCGGGCCAGCUGGGCGGCCUCUCUGGCUCCACGACCGUCACCAUCGUGGUCACUGAUGUCAAUGACAACCCACCCCGUUUCCCUCAGAAGAUGUACCAGUUCAGCAUUCAGGAGUCAGCCCCCAUCGGCACAGCUGUGGGACGAGUGAAAGCUGAGGACUCAGACGUGGGUGAGAACACAGAUAUGACUUACCACCUCAAGGAAGAGAGCGGCAGCGGUGGCCAAGUGUUCAAGGUCACCACGGACAGCGACACUCAGGAGGCCAUCAUCAUAGUGCAGAAGCGCCUGGACUUUGAGUCGCAGCCGGUGCACACCGUGGUCCUGGAGGCCCUCAACAAGUUCGUGGAUCCCCGCUUCGCUGACCUGGGCACGUUCCGCGACCAGGCGAUCGUGCGCGUGGCCGUGACCGACGUGGACGAGCCCCCCGAGUUCCGGCCGCCCUCCGGCCUCCUGGAGGUGCAGGAGGACGCGCAGGUGGGCUCCCUGGUCGGCGUGGUGACGGCGCGGGACCCCGACGCCGCCAACCGGCCCGUCCGGUACGCCAUUGACCGCGACUCGGAUCUGGACCAGAUCUUUGAUAUCGAUGCGGACACGGGCGCCAUCGUGACGGGCAAGGGCCUGGACCGUGAGACUGCGGGCUGGCACAAUAUCACCGUGCUGGCCAUGGAAGCCGACAAUCAUGCCCAGCUCUCCCGGGCAUCCCUAAGGAUCCGAAUCCUGGAUGUGAACGACAAUCCCCCAGAGCUGGCCACUCCCUAUGAGGCAGCCGUGUGUGAGGACGCCAAGCCAGGACAGCUUAUCCAGACCAUCAGCGUGGUGGACAGAGACGAGCCUCAGGGUGGGCACCGCUUCUAUUUCCGCCUGGUGCCCGAAGCUCCCAGCAACCCUCACUUCUCCCUGCUUGACAUCCAAGACAACACGGCUGCGGUGCACACUCAGCACUUGGGCUUCAACCGGCAGGAGCAGGACGUGUUCUUCCUGCCCAUCCUGGUGGUGGACAGCGGGCCGCCCACGCUGAGCAGCACAGGCACGCUCACCAUCCGCAUCUGCGGCUGUGACAGCUCUGGUGCCAUCCAGUCCUGCAACACCACGGCCUUCGUCAUGGCCGCCACCCUCAGCCCCGGCGCCCUCAUCGCCCUCCUGGUCUGUGUCCUCAUCCUCGUCGUGCUGGUACUGCUGAUCCUCACCCUCAGACGCCACCACAAGAGCCACCUGAGCUCGGACGAGGACGAGGACAUGCGGGACAACGUCAUCAAAUACAACGACGAGGGUGGCGGCGAGCAGGACACGGAGGCCUACGAUAUGUCGGCGCUGCGGAGCCUCUACGACUUCGGCGGCGAGCUCAAGAGCGGCGACGGGGUCGGCGGUGGCGGGGGCCCGGGCGGGAGCGGGGGCGCUGGCAGCCCCCCGCAGGCCCGACUGCCCUCGGAGCGCCACUCGCUCCCGCAGGGGCCACCGAGCCCCGAGCCGGACUUCUCGGUGUUCAGGGACUUCAUCAGCCGCAAGGUGGCGCUGGCGGACGGGGACCUGUCGGUGCCGCCCUACGACGCCUUCCAGACCUACGCCUUCGAGGGCGCGGACUCGCCGGCCGCCUCGCUCAGCUCGCUGCACAGCGGCUCGUCGGGCUCCGAGCAGGACUUCGCCUAUCUCAGCGGCUGGGGCCCGCGCUUCCGGCCCCUGGCCGCGCUCUACGCCGGCCACCGCGCGGACGACGAGGCCCAAGCCUCCUAGCCCCCCACCG